UCCCUCUCGCCCUGGGGAGGAGCGGAGACCCUAAGGGAACAGAGAAUGCUGGGCGGAGGUAGGGCAGGACAGGAGGGGAUACACCGGGAGCCUCAACUUCUUAGGGGAUCCAGAGAUUGCGCUCUGCCCAGCGCCCCAAGAGGCCCUCCAGUCACAACCUGCUCGCUCUCGCGCUCUCCCUCCCUCUGCCUCUCUCAGAUGUCGGAGGCAGCAAGGCGAGGAGGGGGUCGCCCCGCAGGAGCCCUAUGUAAAUCCUGGUGUUGGGUGGGUGGGUCGGGAGUGGGGGAAGAGAAGAAGGGGAAAUAAACCUCUUUGGCUGGAGUAGGGUCCGGGUGAGCAGAUUUCCUUAUCCGGGAAUCGCAGGCGGGGUGGCCAUUGGCUCGGAAGAUCACGUGGUCCUCUAACUUUGUUCACUUGACAGUAAGUAGGAGGGCUUUCGGAAACAGGAAAACGAGUCAGGGGUCGGAAUAAAUUUUAGUAUAUUUUGUGGGCAAUUCCCAGAAAUUAAUGGCUAUGAGUUCUUUUUUGAUCAACUCAAACUAUGUCGACCCCAAGUUCCCUCCGUGCGAGGAAUAUUCACAGAGCGAUUACCUACCCAGCGACCACUCGCCCGGGUACUACGCCGGCGGCCAGAGGCGAGAGAGCAGCUUCCAGCCGGAGGCGGGCUUCGGGCGGCGGGCGGCAUGCACCGUGCAGCGCUACGCGGCCUGCCGAGACCCCGGGCCCCCGCCGCCUCCGCCACCACCCCCGCCGCCCCCGCCACCGCCUGGGCUGUCCCCUCGGGCUCCUGUGCCACCACCCGCCGGGGGCCUCCUCCCGGAGCCCGGCCAGCGCUGCGAGGCGGUCAGCAGCAGUCCCCCGCCGCCUCCCUGCGCCCAGAACCCCCUGCAUCCCAACCCGUCCCACUCCGCGUGCAAAGAGCCCGUCGUCUACCCCUGGAUGCGCAAAGUUCACGUGAGCACGGUAAAUCCCAAUUACGCCGGCGGGGAGCCCAAGCGCUCUCGGACCGCCUACACUCGCCAGCAGGUCUUGGAGCUGGAGAAGGAAUUUCACUACAACCGCUACCUGACGCGGCGCCGGAGGGUGGAGAUCGCCCACGCGCUCUGCCUGUCGGAGCGCCAGAUCAAGAUCUGGUUCCAGAACCGGCGCAUGAAGUGGAAAAAAGACCACAAGUUGCCCAACACCAAGAUACGCUCGGGUGGCACCGCAGGCACAGCCGCAGGGCCCCCUGGCCGGCCCAACGGAGGUCCCCCCGCACUUUAGGGUCCCCCAAGCAGGAGCCGCGAACCUGGGGAAACGGGGGUGGGCAGCGAGCGCAGAGGGGAAGGGUGCGGGGUGCGGGAGGGGGCCCCACCCUCGGGCUUGGGCCCGGAAAACCUAUCUCCCCUCCCCCACUUUAUCUAUAUAUGAAUAAACACAGAGAAGGAGGGAUAGGGGAGCUUUAUUUAUAGAAAUGACAAUAGGGAGCCGGGUGAGGCUCCCCAGAAGCAAGAUUCAAGUCUCUUGCUUUCUUCCUUUAAAAAAAAAAAAGAAAGAAAGAAAAAGGAAGAAGGAAGAAAGAAAAAGACAGAAAGAGAAAUAGGAGGAGGCUGCAGCUCCUCGUUUUCAGCUUUGGUGAAGAUGGAUCCACGUUUCAUCUUUAAUCACGCCAGGCCCGGGCCCAUCUGUCUUGUUUACUCUGCCGAGGAGAGGACGGGCCUCGGUGGCGACCAUUACCUCGACACUCGGCUAACAAAUGAGGCCCGGCUCGGCUGCCGCCGCCUUUGCUGCUGCCGCUGCUGGAAGACAGCCUGGAUUUUCUUUCUUUGUCCCCCACUCCUGACACCCAGCCGAAAGCACCCUCUGACUGCCAGAUAGCACAGUGUUUUGGCCACGGUAACAAACACACACACAACCUCCCUCACUCUGUGCUUAUUCAUGGGGGACAAUGACUGCUCCCCCCCUUCCACCAUGGGGCUGGAAGGGGAACAGAAGGAAGAGGGGUGGCCUUGACAACGCAGGAACGGGCAGGGAAACUGAGUCCGAGAAAAAGAAAAAAAUAGAGACCAGGACACCCCGGGAGGAGAGGGGAAGGCGAACCAUGCCUGACAGGGUGAGGUUCCAGUUGAGUUCUGUGAGCUGGGCAUGACCCUCUGGCCAGUCCAGAGGCCCUCUCUUAGACUGAAAAUGAAUGUGAAACUAGGAAAUAAAAAUGUCGUGGCCCUCCCACCCUGGGGGGGACAAUGUUGCAGAGCUCUCUCCCACCGUUUAUCAUGUUGCCUCCUUUAUUAUUAUUAUUAAUAUUAUUAUUACUAUUAUUUUAUGUCAUGUGUGUCUUCUGUUCUCUGACAUUCCAAACCAGGCCCCUUCCUACCUCUGGGGCUGCCUGAGUCUAGAAACUUUCAUUGGUGUGAAAAUUUGUGUCCUGUACAGAGUGACAAUAGAAAUAAAUGUCUGGUUUCUUGUGACCA